AUGGAAAUCGACAAGCUAUUCGGGGUGAAGGGCAAGGUAGUGCUGGUUACCGGAGGUGGCCGAGGCAUCGGCUUCAUGAUCUCUCAAGGCUUCGUGCGCAACGGCGCCACCGUCUACAUCGCCUCACGCUCCAAGAAGGAGUGCGAUAAAGCGGCGGAGGAGCUGACCGCGGCUGGGCCGGGCAAGUGUGUGGCUCUGUCGUCCGCCAACAUCUCUACAGCGGAGGGUCGCAAGAAGGUGGUGGAGGAGCUCUCGUCACUUGAAGACCACCUUGACAUUCUCGUCAACAACUCGGGGUGCACGUGGGGUAUGCCGAUUGAAGACUUUACCGAGAGCGCGUGGGACAAGGUGAUGGACCUCAACGUGAAGGCCCUCUUCUUCCUCACGCGCGACCUCCUGCCGCUCCUUCAAAAGAAGGCCACCGCUGUCGACCCCGCGCGAGUCAUCAACCUCGGCUCCAUCGACGGUAUUCGCAUUCCCACACUCGAGACCUAUCCGUAUUCCGCUAGCAAGGCGGCAGUCCACCAGCUGACCCGAGUGCUGGCCAAUCGCCUGGCCAGCAUGAACAUCACGGUCAACGCCGUAGCCGCCGGCCCGUUCGAGAGCAAGAUGAUGGCCGAGACGCUGCGUACGUUCGGCGAGCUGCUCAAGGCCAACGUGCCGCGCGGCCGCAUCGGCGAGCCGGAGGACAUCGCCGGCGCGUGCAUCUUUCUCGGCUCCCGAGCGGGCGCGUUCCUCACCGGCGCUGUCAUCCCGCUCGAGGGCGGCAUCCUCUCGGCCGCUCGCCUGUGA